AUGGCCAGUCGUUGCACACAGUCUAGGACCUGGAGAUCCUUUCAAGCCCAGAAAGCAAAGAAGCGACCCCCAGGACCAGGGGGUCAGAGGGCUCCUGCACCACAGGAUGAAGAUCCUAGGGUGAAGUGCAGGGACUGUGGAGCCUUCGGACACAAAGCAAGUAGUGUCCGGUGCCCCAUGAAGCGCUGGCAAGGGGCCCUGGCCCCCCAACCCUUGGGUUGCAGACUCGGGAAGGAGAAUCUGGAACCACGGAAGCUUCAAGUCCUGCAGACCCUGAGGACCUGUAACCUGGCUGAGAGAGACAAGGAGCAGAGGCCACAGCAAGCGGGGCAUCAGCUGAAGUUACUCCAGAGACUUCCUGGGAGACCACAGGGGCAGCAGUGGUGCUGGAAGGAAGUGACGGAAUCCUGCGACUAUGUGAGGCAUCCUCACAGGCCAAUGCUCAUCCAGCCACCCAAGAGGAAAUCCCUCCUGGAACUGGAGCAGCCAAGUAGGCCACCUGUCAGGAAAGAUGACCCGAAAUCCACCCAGCCUUUGGUGGCUCUUGGCAGGAAAAGUCUGCUGCAGCACCCCCGCAGCAGCGUCCAGGCUCCAGGCAAGAGAUCUGCCCAGAGCUCCAUCCAGCCUUGUCUGCACCCCCAAAAGAUACCUAGACUCAGCCCUGCAAGAACCCCCUGGAAGAACUUGCUGACAUCAAACCUGGGGGCCUUCCAGCAUCUCCAGCUUAAUCGCAGUACCACUGGACGUGGAACCACAGUGAAGCCCCACGUGACCAGGAAGACACCUGCCCAGCUGCCAAGCCCUGCCCCACAGCCUCCACUAGGCAGAUCUGUCUCCAACGCCAUCCAAGCCUGCACCCCAGCCCAACCUCAGCCCACUAGCCUUGUUCCAGGCCAGCCUCUCAGGAUGCUCUUCAGGAGAGUAGGCAAAGGCUGGUGGAACUGCAGGUACAUGGGGCCUCCCCUGCCCCCACCUGCUGAGAAGCCAGCCCCUCCUGCUCUGAGCCCCCCUGACUGCAGGGAGCCUGAGUGUCCCCGCACCCCAGGCUCCUGGGGUGUUCUCCACGAGGACCUUCAGGUGUCCUCUUCCUCUGAAGAGAGUGACUCGGAGGGAGACACCCAUGGCCAGAUGCCUCCCCCGCCUGCUGAGAAGCCAGCCCCUCCUGCUCUGAGCCCCCCUGACUGCAGGGAGCCUGAGUGUCCCCGCACCCCAGGCUCCUGGGGUGUUCUCCACGAGGACCUUCAGGUGUCCUCUUCCUCUGAAGAGAGUGACUCGGAGGGAGACACCCAUGGCCAGAUGCCUCCCCCGCCUGCUGAGAAGCCAGCCCCUCCUGCUCUGAGCCCCCCUGACUGCAGGGAGCCUGAGUGUCCCCGCACCCCAGGCUCCUGGAGUGUUCUCUAUGAGGACUUUCAGGUGUCCUCGUCCUCUGAAGAGAGUGACUGGGAGGGACACACCCAUGGCCACUAA